AUGGUGACGAUAAACGAAGAGAAAUCGUGUUUCGAAAAGGCGAAAGAAGCUGCUCCUCGAAUUCUCGAGAUGAUUGUUCUCUAUUCGUUCACCGCUUUCUACUCAGUUCUUGUCACCUUGGAUCUCAUUUAUCAACGAGUUUUCAAGGGACAACAAGUGUGUCACAAAGAGAUCCAUCAACGCCCCGAUGUCCUCGAGAACUGGGAACAUCAUUAUGUGCAAUUAAACGAUAUUCGCAUGCACUAUGUGCAAUCGGGCUCUGAUGACAAGCCAUUAAUGGUGCUCAUUCACGGUUUCCCUGAAUUCUGGUAUUCGUGGCGAUUCCAGUUGAAGUAUUUCUCGAGUCAAUAUCGAGUGGUUGCCAUUGAUCAGCGAGGCUACAAUGAGUCGGAUCGUCCAUCGAAAGUCGCUGACUAUGAUGUGCGACUUUUGGCCGCUGAUAUUGAUCAACUUAUCAAGAAAUUGGGUCACAAAAAGGCAAUUGUUGCUGGUCAUGAUUGGGGAGCAUUGGUCGCCUGGCACGUUGCUCUCACCUAUCCACAGUCAGUUGAGCGACUCGUUAUUCUCAAUGUGCCCCAUCCAGCUGUCGCGAAGAAAAACAUGCGCUCAAAUCUCAAACAAUUCUUGGCAUCAUGGUACAUUUUCUUCUUCCAAGCACCAAUUCUCCCCGAAUUCGUCGUUUCAUCGAAUGACUACAAGAUGUUGGACACGAUGAUGAGAGGUCGAAAAGGUGGGAUUCGUCUUCAUCGAGAGAAUUUUGGUGAAGAAGAGGUUGAAUGCUGGAAAUAUGUCUUUUCGCAACAAGAAACUUUAGGCGCAAUCACCGGGCCGAUCAAUUUCUAUCGUGCCGCUCUUCGGUACCCGAAAGAAGUUACCUUUAACGAUUUUGUUAAGCCACCGACGCUUAUUGUUUGGGGUGAUGCUGAUCCGUUCCUCAUCAAGGAAGGUGCGCAACAGUCGGUCGAAUUGUGUGAGAAUGGUCGUGUCGCUUAUGUGGAGGGAGCGUCACAUUGGGUGCAACAAGAUGAUCCAGAAACAGUGAAUCGUCUCAUCGAACAGUUCCUCGAGGAACGCCUU